GACAAUGUGGACUUGGGCGAUCUCAUGUUCUCCCUCUGUUACCUACCAACGGCUGGAAGGCUGACCAUCACAAUGAUCAAGGCUAGGAACCUCAAAGCCAUGGACAUCACUGGAGCCUCAGGUAGGGGGUCAAUAAUGUAGGGACUGGGGUCUAGUCUAAUAUGACAGGGUAAUAUAUCAAAUGGAAUUUCUGUCUCCCAGUCUUUUAAUAACAUGGUCCAUUGAGCAGAAGGCAUGACAAAACAUAUCAAUGUAGCACGACUGUUGAAGAGGCCAUGUCUGCAUCCGAAAUGGCACCAUAUUCCCUAUAUAGUGCACAAAUUUUGACCAUAGGCCUAUGUGGACGUACCCCAUCAGUUACUCCUUGGGUUUCCCCUUUCCCCCACUGUGUCCCAACUCUCUCUAGAUCCCUAUGUGAAGGUGUCUUUAAUGUGUGAGGGACGGAGAUUGAAGAAGAGGAAAACAUCCACCAAGCGAAACACUCUGAAUCCUGUCUACAACGAAGCCAUAGUAUUUGAUGUACCUCCCGAGAACAUUGAUCAGAUCAGUCUCCUAAUAGCAGUGAUGGACUACGAUCGGUAAAUACAUUUCAUUUUUGUAAAGCUUUUAUGAACUGAACUCCAUAUCAUUAUGGCAGCAGUUUAUGUUUUAUUUUCUGCAAAUAGCCUGCAGGUUUGUGGUGACUACGAUACACUGAAAAUAAAAUGAGAAAGCAGUAUGUUAGCGGUAUACAAACACAUACAGUCCCAGUCAAAAGUUUGGACACACCUACUAAUUCAAGGGGUUUUCUUUAUUUUUACUAUUUUCUACAUUGUAGAAUAAUAGUGAAGACAUCAAAACUACGAAAUAACACAUAUGGAAUCAUGAAGUAACCAAAAAAGUGUGAAACAAAUCAAAAUAUAUUCAAAUAGCCACCCUUUGCCUUGAUGACAACUUUGCACACUCUUGGCAUUCUCUCAGCCAGCUUCAGCUGGAAUGCUUUCCAACAGUCUUGAAGGUGUUCCCACAUAUGCUGAGCACUUGUUGGCUGCUUUUCCUUCACUCUGCCGUCUGACUCAUCCCAAACCAUCUCAAUUGGGUUGAGGUCGGGGGAUUGUGGAGGCCAGGUCAUCUGAUGCAGCACUCCAUCACUCCUUCUUGGUCAAAUAGCCCUUACACAGCCUGAAUAUUUGUUGGGUCAUUGUCCUGUUGAAAAACAAAUGAUAGUCCCACUAAGCCCAAACCAGAUGGGAUGGCGUAUCGUUGCAGAAUGCUGUGGUAGCCAUGCUGGUGUGCCUUGAAUUCUAAAUAAAUCACAGACAGUGUCACCAGCAAAGCACCCCCACACCAUAACACCUCUUCCUCCAUGCUUUACGUUGGGAACUACACAUGCGGAGAUCCGUUCACCCACACUGCGUCUCACAAAGACACGGCGGUUGCAAUCCAAAAUCUCCAAUUUGGACUCCAGAUCAAAGGACACAUUUCCACCGGUCUAAUGUCCAUUGCUCGUGUUUCUUGGCCCAAGCAGGUCUCUUCUUCUUAUUGGUGUCCUUUAGCAGUGGUUUAUUUGCAGCAAUUCAACCAUGAAGGCCUGAUUCACACAGUCUCCUCUGAACAGUUGAUGUUGAGAUGUGUCUGUUACUUGAACUCUGUGAAGCAUUUAUUUGGGCUGCAAUUUCUGAGGCUAGUAACUCUAAUGAACAUAUCCUCUGCAGCAGAGGUAACUCUGGGUCUUCCAUUCCUGUGGCGGUCCUCAUGAGAGCCAGUUUUGUCAUAGCUCUUGAUGUUUUUUGCGACUGCACUUGAAGAAACUUUCAAAGUUCUUGAAAUGUUUCGUAUUGCCUGACCUUCAUGUCAUAAAGUAAUGGUGGACUGUCGUUUCUCUGUGCUUAUUUGAGCUGUUCUUGCCAUAAUAUGGACUUGGUCUUUUACCAAAUAGGGCUAUCUUCUGUAUACCACCCCUACCUUGUCACAACACAACUGAUUGGCUCAAACGCAUUAAGAAGGAAAGAAAUUCCACAAAUUAACUUUUAACAAGGCACACCUGUUAAUUGAAAUGCAUUCCAGGUGACUACCUCAUGAAGCUGGUUGAGAGAAUGCCAAGAGUGUGCAAAGCUGUCAUCAAGGCAAAGGGUGGCUAUCUGAAGAAUCUCAAAUUUAAAAUAUAUUUUGAUUUGUUUAACUCUUUUUUGGUUACUACCUGAUUCCAUAUGUGUUAUUUCAUAGUUUUGAUGUCUUCACUAUUAUUCUACAAUGUAGAAAAUAAUAAAAAAUAAAGAAAAACCCUGGAAUGAGUAGGUGUGUCCAAACUUUUGACUGGUACUGUAGCUGAGACUUCCUAAGUGUAACACGUUUUAGUUGAUCAUGGGUUUGAAAAGCAGCUGGCAUUCUGUUAACCCAGCUCCAUAGAGAGAAAACAACAUUACAAAAAAUGAAAAUGUUGACGAACAAGCCUGGAGAACAGAGUACAGACUCCUUGCCUCCUGAUGCUGGUCAGAGUAAAUAUUUGAGGAGUUGAUAUAAUCUGCCAAACAUCACUAUAAUUAUUACACCAAAGAACACGCUGUUGGACAGAAAAUGCACUAGGAUACCAAACCUACAGGGCUUUUUAUUCUGUCAGACAAGUGGACUACCUACAAUAUGAUUUUUAUUAUAUAUAUUUUUUUAAACAAAAACAUGAAUGGGAGUGCAUGUAUGGAAACAGAAGGUUUUGAUGUGACCGUAUGUUUGAUGUGACCCCCAUCCCAUAGUGUAGGUCACAACGAGAUCAUUGGAGUGUGUAGGGUGGGCAACGAGGCGGAGAGCCUGGGUCGUUGCCACUGGAACGAGAUGUUGUCAUACCCCCGCAAGCCCAUCGCCCACUGGCACCCCCUAGUAGAGGUACAGUAUGUGCGUGUGUGUAUGUGUGUGUGGGUGUCAAUCUAUUCACUCAUUUAUACUGUAUGUCCGCCCGUCCGUCCGUCUUUCUAUGUUAGUCAACAUGUAUACUGAUGGAAGAAGAAAUAUGAAGUUUUAUCCUUGACAUUAUGACCACACAUCUCAAGGGGAAGUAGACAGCAAGGUGUUAGUAAACAACAAGCCAUAGAGCUCUGCUUCUCCAGCUUGUAUAGGGACAAUAAAACACAAGCAGGAUUAUACACUGCUCAAAAAAAUAAAGGGAACACUUAAACAACACAAUGUAACUCCAAGUCAAUCACACUUCUGUGAAAUCAAACUGUCCACUUAGGAAGCAACACUGAUUGACAAUACAUUUCACAUGCUGUUGUGCAAAUGGAAUAGACGACAGGUGGAAAUUAUAGGCAAUUAGCAAGACAUCCCCCAAUAAAGGAGUGGUUCUGCAGGUGGUGACCACAGACCACUUCUCAGUUCCUAUGUUUCCUGGCUGAUGUUUUGGUCAAUUUUGAAUGCUGGCGGUGCUUUCACUCUAGUGGUAGCAUGAGACGGAGUCUACAACCCACACAAGUGGCUCAGGUAGUGCAGCUCAUCCAGGAUCAAUGCGAGCUGUGGCAAGAAGGUUUGCUGUGUCUGUCAGCGUAGUGUCCAGAGCAUGGAGGCGCUACCAGGAGACAGCCCAGUACAUCAGGAGACGUGGAGGAGGCCGUAGGAGGGCAACAACCCAGCAGCAGGACCGCUACCUCCGCCUUUGUGCAAGGAGGAGCAGGAGGAGCACUGCCAGAGCCCUGCAAAAUGACCUCCAGCAGGCCACAAAUGUGCAUGUGUCUGCUCAAACGGUCAGAAACAGACUCCAUGAGGGUGGUAUGAGGGCCCGACGUCCACAGGUGGGGGUUGUGCUUACAGCCCAACACCGUGCAGGACGUUUGGCAUUUGCCAGAGAACACCAAGAUUGGCAAAUUCGCCACUGGCGCCCUGUGCUCUUCACAGAUGAAAGCAGGUUCACACUGAGCACAUGUGACAGACGUGACAGAGUCUGGAGACGCCGUGGAGAACAUUCUGCUGCCUGCAACAUCUUCCAGCAUGACCGGUUUGGCGGUGGGUCAGUCAUGGUGUGGGUGGCAUUUCUUUGGGGGGCCGCACAGCCCUCCAUGUGCUCGCCAGAGGUAGCCUGACUGCCAUUAGGUACCGAGAUGAGAUCCUCAGACCCCUUGUGAGACCAUAUGCUGGUGCGGUUGGCCCUGGGUUCCUCCUAAUGCAAGACAAUGCUAGACCUCAUGUGGCUGGAGUGUGUCAGCAGUUCCUGCAAGAGGAAGGCAUUGAUGCUAUGGACUGGCCCGCCCGUUCACAUCUGGGACAUCAUGUCUCGCUCCAUCCACCAACGCCACGUUGCACCACAGACUGUCCAGGAGUUGGCGGAUGCUUUAGUCCAGGUCUGGGAGGAGAUCCCUCAGGAGACCAUCCGCCACCUCAUCAGGAGCAUGCCCAGGCGUUGUAGGGAGGUCAUACAGGCACGUGGAGGCCACACACACUACUGAGCCUCAUUUUGACUUAUUUUAAGGCCAUUACAUCAAAGUUGGAUCAGCCUGUAGUGUGGUUUUCCACUUUAAUUUGGAGGGUGACUCCAAAUCCAGACCUACAUGGGUUGAUAAAUUUGAUUUCCAUUUAUCAUUUUUGUGUGGUUUUGUUGUCAGCACAUUCAACUAUGUAAAGAAAAAAGUAUUUAAUAAGAUUAUUUCAUUCAUUCAGAUCUAGGAUGUGUUAUUUUAGUGUUCCCUUAAUUUUUUUGAGCAGUGUAUAAACAAAACAAUCCAUCCAUGUAGUGGGAGAGGAGGAGAGGAAGAGGCUUAAUUCACUAAGCUAUUUAAAAACACUACUCCUCCACCCUCAUUAAUGGAGACCAGAAACAGUUCCUGGACUACAUCAACGUUUACAGUAAUGCAGCCUACACAAUGAAAUAACGGAAGUGCCUGUCAUUGACUAACAUUGUAGCUGCACAGUCAGAAGCCCUGGGGUGUAUUCACUAGAACCAAGCGGAAGCUUACUAACCCAUCAACCACAAACACAAACACUUGACUUUUCAUUAUUUUCCCUCGCCGCUUUUCAUACUUUGGUGUUUUGAAAUCUUUGUGCAAGACUCGCUGACCCUCAAGACCACAGACAGUUGUCAUCAAUAAUUCACAUCCCCGGCCACACCCUCUUUAUUCAUCUUCUCUACACAGAGUCUCUCUCCCUCUCUCCCUCUCUCCUUUUUUAAGCUAUUAAAUGCCAGCUGAAAAAUACUUGCUAGUUAUUAAACUAACUGCAAUCUGAAUUGGAGGUCCUCUGAAAGUAGAGAAAUUAGUGUGUGAUUUUUAUUAAACGGAGCAUGGCAUUUCUGAGGCACAGUGCGUGACAAUUGAUUUGCGGACAGAGGCGCGACAGAACGCAAAGGGGGGCCGAACACACACAUAGGACUAUUUUUUGGUCAAACGAAUGCAAUCUUCAGAGUGCAUUAUGUGACUUCAGCCUCCCCGUUUCCAUUUGCUGAAAUUAGAUUUAACCUCUGAAUCUUUCCUCUUUGUGCAAUUCAGCUGUCCAUUGUAUUCCCAGACCUCAUAUACUGUAACCUGGUUGUUGUGUUCAUCUCUCUGACUGUGUUUCUGUUUCCUAUCUGUGUGUUCUCUAGUGGGUGGGCCAGGGGACUGCAGGUGGAAGUCAGGGCGGUUCCACCAACUCUCUGAAGACUCCUCCCUCACCAUGAUAUUAUUAUUAUUAUUAUUAUUAUUAUUAUUAUGAUGAGGAGAACACAGGGUGGUGAAGAAGAGGAACAGCAGAGAGCCUCAGCAUCAAAAGAGGAGGAGAGAGCAUUAAGCUGAUGGUAGAUGUUACACUCGGUUUCCCCGACACAGAUUAAGCUUAGUCCUGGACUAAAAAACAU